ACGCGCUGGCCGGGCGGUGGCGGCCGCAGCCAUGGAGUCGGACGCGGAGCAGCUGUCCGCGCGGCCGGCCCUGGAGACCGAGGGGCUGCGCUUCUUGCACGUCACGGUGGGCUCCCUGCUGGCCACGUAUGGCUGGUACCUCGUCCUCAGUGGUGUCCUUCUCUUCGUGGUCAUUCAGAAGCUUUCCGCCCGCCUGAGGGCCUUGAGGCAGAGGCACCUGGACCGAGCUGCGGCUGCUGUGGAGCCUGAUGUUAUUGUUAAACAACAAGAAGCUUUAGCAGCUGCUCGUUUGAAAAUGCAAGAAGAAUUAAAUGCACAAGCUGAAAAGUAUAAAGAAAAACUAAGACAGCUUGAGGAAGAGAAGAGACGGCAGAAGAUUGAAAUGUGGGACAGCAUGCAAGAAGGAAAAAGCUACAGAGGAAACGCCAGAAAGCCUCAGGAAGAAGACAACCCUGGGCCUUCUACUUCAUCAGUUCUCCCGAAACGUAAACCUGACAGAAGGCCGUUGCGGGGAGGCGGUUACAACCCUCUGUCUGGUGAAGGAGGUGGCACAUGCUCCUGGAGGCCUGGGCGCCGAGGACCGUCGUCUGGCGGAUGAGGCUAAGAGUCUUGUUAGUGUCGUCUGACAUUAGCAAGAUGAGCCUGAACCCGCGAGUCAAUUGCCUUACGCACGCUUUUCACAGUGACUAGCCCUGGAGAGCUGGGGGUUAUUUCUGUUCUUCCCUGUGUCUGCAGAUUUAAGGGUUUAAGUCAGCAAAAGGUGUAGACAGCGCCGCUGGGCGUUAGGCCAGUGGUCACAAUCCACUUAAUGAUGAUGACUGCCUCUGCCGAUUUCCAGGUGAAUUGCUAGCUAGUAUGUAAAGGCCUCCAGAUGAUGAACAAUCUUGAGAAGAGAGGCCGAGUGGUGAUUUUCUACAGUAAAAAUCCUUGCUGAUGGAAUAGUCUCUGUGACAGGGUGCGUUGAAUGAUGUCUUCCUUAUAAAUGGUGAACCCACCAGUGAGGAUUACUGAUAAUAGACAGUUGAUGGGGUUUGUUUCUGUAUAUUUAUUUUUAUGUACAGAACUUUGUAAAAAAAAAAACACUAUAAAUAUUUAAAAAUCACAAAUAAUAACAUUUUUAGCAUCUUUGUGAAAUUUGAGGAAAUUUCUUUCUGAACUUGAAUUUGUCUAUCAAACAUUAAACUGCUUUUAUCAUUCACAA